AUGUCUUACAACAAAGCUUACGAGCCUGUCAGAGGCGACGUCCCGCAGUCAGACUACGAAGUCAUUGACUCCGAUCCUUACUACGCCAGAGUCAUUUCCUACUUCAGACCUUCCGACAUCGCGGCUUGGGGUGCUUCUACAGCUGCUUUCCCUCUUGGUCUUGCAGCCUGGGAAAGAUUGGAACCGGUUGCUGGUGCAUUCAAGAAGCCAGGUAAGGUUCCAGCGCCAGCUUUGAGAGCUGCCACUUUGAUGGGCUUUUUCGGUGGCUUCUACCUUGCGUACAUUAGAUCCAGCAGAAGGUUCUUGGGCUGGUCUGAAAACGCCAGAGAGGUCAAGAAGGAUAGAUACGAAAUCAAGAAGUUGUUGUCUGAGGAGAAAUUGCCAUACCACCAGAACGAGUCUGUGUUGGACGACAGAAUGAAGGAUAUUGCCAACAGAAACUCCCAGUACUCUUUCACUGCAUUGUUUAUUCUCCCCUGGUUCAACAUGGCCUACCACCCAUACCACGGUGUUGACAUUAAGAAGUACUACGAGACCAGAGAGGGCGAGGAGAGCUGGGGUUUCAACUUGAAGCCUUACGAGGAGAUUGCUGCAAAGUACACCAAGACCGUGGAGUAA